UUGAAGAAAAUAACUAAAAAUGGCAAGUAAAAGACUGGAAGAGUCCAUGGGAGCAGUUCAGAUGGGGUUAGUGAAAAUGCUCAAAGGAUUCAAGAGCAAAGUUUUGCCACCCCUGAAUCCAAAGGUUGUUACAGAAGAAGAAGUGAACCAAAUGCUGACACCCUCAGAGUACUUAAAGGAAAUGUCCCUCACCACCGAGCAGAGGCUGGCCAGUACACAUACGAUCUGCCGACCGCAGAUCAUCGAACUCUUAGAUAUGGGAGAAACAACACACCAAAAGUUUUCAGGAAUUGACCUCGAUCAAGCAUUAUUCCAACCCUUUCCAUCAGAAAUUAUAUUCCAGAACUAUACUCCCUGUGAAGUCUAUGAGGUUCCACUGGUUUUGAGGAACAAUGAUAAAAUUCCACGGAUGGUGAAAGUUGUAGAAGAAAGUUCACCUUACUUCAAAGUUAUCAAGCCUAAAGAGAUUGGCAACAAGGUGGCCCCAGGGGUGCCAUCCACAUUCCGAAUCCUCUUCACACCAGAGGAGAACAAGGAUUAUGCCCAUAUGUUGACCUGCAUCACUGAAAGAGAGAAGUUUAUCGUGCCCAUCAAAGCCAGAGGUGCGCGAGCCAUCCUGGACUUCCCCGACAAGCUGAAUUUUUCCACUUGCCCCGUCAAGUACAGCACUCAGAAGAUCCUGCUGGUACAGAACAUUGGCAACAAAGAUGCUGUGUUUCACAUCAAAACCCGAAGGCCGUUCUCUGUAGAACCAACUGUCGCUACUCUUGACGUGGGAGAGUCCAUGCAGCUGGAAGUGGAGUUUGAGCCGCAGAAUGUGGGCAAUCAUAGCGAAAGACUGCUCGUGUAUUAUGACACAGGCGAAAAGGUGUUUGUGUCUCUCUAUGGAGCUGCCGUGGACUUGAACAUAAGGCUGGACAAGAAUUCUUUGAUCAUCGAGAAGACCUACAUCUCUCUCUCCAGUCAGCGAACUGUAACCAUUCACAACCGCAGUAACAUCAUUGCCCAUUUCCAGUGGAAGGUAUUCGCCACCCAGGAAGAAGAGGAAAGAGAAAAGAAUAGGGUGUGCAGUGAUCUGAACAAGGAGGAGAAGAAGGAGACGGACACAUUCCUGGAAGAGUGCAUCGUUGACCCUUCACUCCGAGAGCAUCUUUCCAUUCUCUCCCGCACCUUCAAGAAUCAAAGGAUGCUGGUCCAGGAGGACAGCAUGUUCUUCCUGGAUAACAUCUUCACAAUCGACCCCCUGGAAGGUGAUGUCUGGCCCAACUCGUCAGCGGAAGUUACAGUGUACUUCAGCCCCCGAGAAGCCAGGCUCUACCAGCAGACCAUUUACUGCAACAUUUCAGGCCGGGAGAUCCGUCUGCCUCUCCGGAUCAGAGGGGAAGGCAUGGGGCCCAAGGUGCACUUCAACUUUGAAUUGCUGGAUGUAGGAAAAGUUUUCCUUGGCUCUGUACAUUGCUAUGAGACGAUUCUGUACAACAAAGGCAGCAUCGAUGCCCUUUUCCACCUGAUCCCUCCAGCGUCAGCCUCGGGGGCCUGCUUUGUUUUCUGCCCCAAAGAAGGCAUCAUCGUACCAGAUGGAGUCCAAGCCGUGCAGAUCUCCUUCAGCCCUGCCAUCCUGGGGCACUUUGAGGAGGAGUUCCUGGUCCAUGUCAAUGGGUCACCUGAGCCUGUGAAAUUGACCAUCAGAGGCUGUGUCAUUGGGCCUACCUUCCACUUCAACGUGCCCGCGCUUCACUUCGGUGAUGUUUCCUAUGGGUUCUGUUACACCUUGAUGUGCUCACUCAAUAAUACUUCUUUGGUUCCUAUGACUUUCAAACUGCGCAUCCCUGGGGAUGGUCAUGGCCGUCCAAGCAUUUCAAAUUGUGAGCUGAGCCCAGACCACCAAGGGCUGGCUGGAGCCAAGGAAGAAGGACCCACAAUGAAACCGAAAGAAUUCACCAUCACCCCCAGCUCCGGCACCAUUCGCUCCCAAGGAUUUGCUGCUAUUAAGGUGACCCUAUGCUCCAACACUGUGCAGAAAUAUGAGCUGGCACUGAUGGUGGAUGUGGAGGGCAUUGGAGAAGAGGUCCUGGCACUCUUAAUUACAGCCAGGUGCAUUGUACCUACCCUCAAGUUGGUUGAGGAAGAGGUGGACUUUGGGCGCUGCUUUCUGAAGUACCCAUAUAAGAAAACGAUCCAGCUUGUCAAUUGUGAUGAUCUCCCAGGGUACUAUGAGGUCCUGCCUCAGGUGUAUGGCAGUGAACCUGCUGUGCUGCUGUCCAGCCCCGCCCCAUGUGGGAUCAUCCCUCCCCACAGCACUGCGCACAUCCCACUGGUCCUGGAGACCCAGGUCAUCGGAGCACACAGAUCCACAGUUUACAUCUCUGUCUUUGGGAGCCCAAACCCUCCAAUGGCUUGUUACCUAAAAAGUGUUGGAGAUGGCCCAGUUAUCUACGUACAUCCCACCCAAGUUGAUUUUGGCAAUAUCUAUGUCCUAAAGGACUCUUCCAGAAUUCUCAACCUAUCUAACCAGUCCUUCAUUCCUGCGUUAUUUCGGGCACGCAUGGCACGCAAAAAAUCUCUUUGGACCAUUGAACCCACUGAAGGCAUAGUUCCCCCAGAAGCUGAUUUUCAAUUGGCGGUGACUGCCAACCUGGAUGAUGUAAUGAUAUUCAAGGACACAGUCAUCUUGGACAUUGAAAACAGCAACACCUAUCGGAUUCCAGUCCAGGCCUCCGGCAUUGGCUCCACUAUUGUAUCAGAUAAGCCCUUUGCUCCGGAACUCAACCUGGGGGCACAUUUUAGCCUAGAGCCUCAUUACUACCACUUCAAGUUGACCAAUAAGGGACGUCGAGUCCAACAGUUGUUCUGGAUGAAUGAUGACUUCUGUCCACAAGACAAGCUGAAAAAGAAGGAACAGGUUAAGAAGAGAUACGCCAAAGACCAGCUCCAGCCGCGGCCCCAGGGCUGCCAGAAGCCUGGGAACUCCACAUACAGACCUGUGUUUCAGCUCCAGCCCGUCAGGAUGGAGCUGCAUCCAGGCCAGACCAUCGAUGUAACCCUGGAAGGCUAUUCUGCUGUCCCAAGGAUGGUCCGUGAAAAACUGGUGUGCCACGCUGUCAUCGGGACCCAGAAAGGGAAGAGCCUGGUGAUGACCGUGACUGUCAUCUGUGAGUUUGUCGCACCUGUUAUCCAGCUCUCCACCAAGCAGCUCGUUUACCGCCUGGAGAAGAAACCUAACACUAUCCUGGAACCGGACUACAAGCCCGUGGUCAUUAAGAACGUUUCCACCUUGCCCGUGAAUGUGUUGCUCUCUACAGGCGGACCUUUCUUUCUGUGUGAGAAUGAUAAGUCCCUGCUGCCCUCCACCCCUGAGCCCUUUAAAAUGGAUGUUGGAGGAGAAAAGAGCCUACUGGUCAAGUUUGACCCUUCCUACAGAAACGAUCUGAACAACUGGGUGGCAGAGGAAGUGCUGGCCAUUAAGUACAUGGAGCACCCACAGGUAGACAGCCUGAGCCUGCGUGGGGAAGUUCACUACCCCAACCUCUGCUUUGAACAAAUGGAGGUGGAUUUUGGUUGCAUCCUGAACGACACUGAGGUCAUCCGCUACGUCAGAAUCACCAACUGCAGCCCCCUGGUGGUGAAGUUCCGCUGGUUCUUCCUGAUGGACGACGAGGAGAACCAGAUAAGGUUUGUGACAUGGCCGAGGAAACCCCUCGGUAACCUCCUGUCCCGCAUAGAAUCCAUCCCAGUAACAUCAACAUCUGCCAGCCUAGCAGCAGCCCCAGCGACCACAGAGUCCACCGAGAUGGAUUUAAGUGAUUCUGUCAAGACCACGCUAGGAGACGAUGACGACGGCCCUGAAGAAGGAGAACCCAGAAAGAACAACAUGUUCACCACCAUCUCAGAUGGAGUAAAGCCUUGCUCUGCCGAAACAGAAAGGACCCAGAGCCAAAUGGAUUGUCCAGAAUCCCUGUGGAUCCUUGAACGGGAUGACAUACUUUCCAUCGGGAUAGAAGAAGUGUUUGACAUCUUGCCCCUGUACGGAGUGCUGCAGCCACACAGCAGCCAUCAGAUCUCUUUCACCUUCUACGGGCACUGUGACAUCGUGGCCCAGGCCAAGGCACUGUGCAAGGUGGAAGAAGGGCCCACAUAUGAGAUAACACUAAAAGGAGAGGCAUCCAUAAUCAACUACUCCUUUGACACCACAGAUAUUAACUACGGAUUGCAGCUGUUUGACCACGUCACAGAGCGUGAAAUCAGGCUGACAAACCUCGGGAAGGUCGGCUUUGACUUCAAGGUCCUGACCGACCAUCAGUCUUCACCCGAAGUCCUCCUGCCUGGAGUGCCAUUCAUCCAGCCUUUCUCGGGCUUUAUCGGUUCGCAUGAUGAGCAGGUGUUGAAGAUUUCCUACCUACCUGGAGUACCUGAGGUAUUUCAAAGAAGUUUCCAGAUCCAGAUUGCCCACCUGGACCCAGAACACAUCACCAUCAGUGGAGAGGGAAUUUUUCCUCGAAUCAGCCUUGAUCUCCCCAGGAAUCUCAGAGGUGUUGAAAAGUACGAAACCUUCUUGAAUCAGGCCAGAGCAAACGUAGAGAAGGAGUACAGCAAAUGUGAAACCUUGGAUCACUUUGAGAUACUGGCUGAAGAAAUGGCUGAGGAUGAGUCUACCAAGCUGAGUGCUCAUCUCCAGAUGGAAGUGGAGCGACUUAUAGUCCAGAACUAUGCCCUGGAAUGUCAGAAAACAGCCGUUCCUGACCCUGCGGAUGACACGUGCUUCAGUCACCGGAAUCGCCGCAGGCUAGCCAAAAUCCAGCUGCCAGAGUAUAUCCUAGAUUUCGGCUACAUUGUCCUUGGUGACGUCCGAACCCACACCAUCAAGAUCAUCAAUACCAGUUACUUUCCCGUGUCGUUCCAUGCAGAAAAGCGUGUCCUCCAUGACACAGGCUUCAGUACUGAACUGGAUCGUGUAAAGAACCUGCCUUAUGGUGAAACAGAAACAUUUGAAGUGAGAUUUGACCCACAAGGGGCUAACCUUCCUAUUGGAAACAAAGAAGUCAUUCUGCCCAUCAAGGUGGUUGGAGGGCCCACAGUCCACAUCUGCCUACAAGCCAAGCUGGCCAUCCCAAAUAUGACACUGUCCUGUGGGAAAGUGGAUUUUGCCUCAAUACAGUGUGGACAGUGCAUGGUGGAAACAGUGCAGCUUUCCAAUCACCUCCAAGUCCCUUGUGAGUGGUUUGUCCACACCCAGAAGCCUGUUAGCAAGCUGGACAAACACAUGCCAAGGUACUUGAGACGGAAAGUGCAUCCUGAAUUAAAGCAAAUGGCACAGAUCUUUGAGAUCCAGCCCACAUCUGGAGUUUUGGAUCCCGGUGAGAAGUCCAAUGUGCAAGUGAAAUUCAUGCCAAAGGAAGAGAAAUUCUAUAGCCAAACCCUGAUGUUCCAGAUUGGCCAGAGUGCUCAGAAACUCACGCUGCUGGCCCAGGGACAAGGUCUGCAGCCACGCCUGGAGUUCAGCCCCUCGGUGCUGGAGCUGGGGCCGCUGCUGCCUUACUCACCGGGGGACGAGGGCGAGGUGGUAGUGAGGAACCCCUGCAGCUUUCCCAUUGAGUUUUACUCCUUAGAGUUCGACCAGCAGUACCUACUAGAAGAGAAGAUCUUGCGAAAGCUGAAGGGCUACGACUCCUGCAACAACUUGCUGAUGCCUCCGCGUGACCCAGGGGAGAAGCUGCCCGUGGAAGUGUACGAGUACUUCAAGGAGCUCAAGAGGUCGAAAGAGGAGCAGAUGAAGGCCAAAUACUUGGACAAUUUGGGACCAGAUGACGAAGAUAUUUUCUCAUCAGAAACGGGCACCUCACCCAGCACGAAAAGGACAUCCCUCAGCCAAGGGGUCUCGGCCACAUCCAACCUGGGAGAGCGGCCCCCUCUGGCCGAUUCCAAAACCUUCCCGGAUGAAGAUGAAGAUGAGGAUAGCCUGGAAAAAAUCGUGUUUCAAACCGACAAGAUUCAAAGCAUAGACAGCCACUCUGCCGACGAAGUGGGAGAGGUGGACAACAACCCCGUGAACAGGGCGAUCGCACGCCACAUGGGUGUCGACAUCUCCGCCGAAGGCCGCAUGGCCAAGAACCGCAAGGGCAUCGCCAUCAUCGUCCACGGGACGCCCCUGUCAGGGAAGACAGUCAACGCCAUCAGUGUGGCCAAGCACUACCACGCAGCCUGCUUGAACAUUGACUCCGUCGUGGUGGAAGCCAUAUCUGACAGCAGUAACGUCCCAGGGAUCCGGGCGCGCGAGCUCUGCAUCAAGGCCGCCAUCGAGCAGUCCAUGAAGGAAGGCGAGGAAUUUGCCCAGGAGACAUAUCUGAGCCAAAACAUCCUGGGCCAAACACGUCUAAGCUCUGAGAACUUGGGCAAGCUUACAUCUGAUAUCACCGUGUUGACCCCAGAGCUGAAGCCCGGGAAGAGUGUGCGUGGCAGUGUGAUGCUGCCCAAAGGCAAGGUGGACAGCCAUGGCUCUGGGUCACAGAAGCAGCACCACUCGCACCAGUCCGACACGCCGCAGGUACCAAUUUCCUGCAGCCCUCUCCUCCCAGGACCCACCCCACGGCGGCUCAGCGUCAGCGCCAGCGUGGGAGGUGAGACGGGGCUGGUGAGCUGUGUGCUCCCUGAGGACCUUCUCGUGCAGAUCCUGGCCGAACGGAUACAGAUGAGUGACUGUUUCCGCGGAGUGGUAUUCGAUGGCCUGGACACCCUCUUUGCCCGGAAUGGGACGGCUGCCCUCCUCUGCCUGCUGAAGGCCAUCGGCAACCGGGAGCACAUAUACGUCAUCAACAUGGCCCAAGAUUACACGGCCAUGAAGGCCCAGGAAAAGGCCAAAAAGGAGCAAGAAGAACACAAGCGCCGGGAAGCAAUUCAGAGAGAGAAGGAGCGCCUCCAGAAUAUGGAUGAGGACGAGUAUGACGCCCUGACAGAGGAGGAGAAAAUGGCAUUUGAUCGAGAAGUUCAGCGGGCACUCCAGGAGAGGAAGAAGAGGGAGCUGGAGAGGUUGGCCAAGGAGAUGCACAGGAAGAAGCUGCAGCAAGAGCUCGAGCGCCAAAAGGAGGAAGAAGAAUUGAAGCGGAAAUUCAAGAAACCAAAGCAGGGACCAGGAAAGGAGGAGCCCCCCGGGAAGAAGCCUCAGGCAGCGAAUAAGCAGGUUCUUUCUUCUACCAAAGCAGACGUCAAGAUGGAAUCCCUCGAAAGGAAAGUGUCCGUGAGGGAGCAAGCAGCGGCCGAGAAGGAGGACCCCAGCAAGAAGAAGAAACUCCUGACCGACAGCAGCAUUGCAGGGUUUCCCAUCGGCCAGGAGCAAGAAGACAGCGAAGGCGACUUCCCCAAGGAUGGUGAUAAGCAGUUGGCCCAGAGGUUCAAGUCCUAUGAGUUGAGUCUGAAGGACAUCCAGAACCUUCUUGCCUACUGGGACCGGAAGCAAGGGAUCCCACUGCACCAGGCAUGGAUAGAGGAGGUUCCCCACGAGCCGGAUGACCAGCGCCAGGUCCCUUCAGCAGGAGGGGGGCGUCGGGGCCGCAAGGAGCGGGAGCGGGAGCGCCUGGAGAAGGAGCGAGCCGAGAGGGAGCGCCAGGAGCGGGAGAAGGCCGAACGGGAGCGCCUAGAGAAGCUGCGGGCCCUGGAGGAGCGCAGCACGGAUGAGGGGGAGGGCGAGGAGGACCGUGAAGGCAAGAAGGACCUGGGCGUGCCGUUCAUCCACAUCCAGGUUCUGGACUCAGAAGGCUCGAGCUGGAAGCAGGCCCUGGAGAGCGACAAGCUCCCCAAGGAAGAUCAGAUCCUAGAGCUCCUGGGUCUGGGUUCCUGCGGACCGCCCAUCCCUCCACCCACCUUGUUCUCAGUCAUCUCCUACCCAGUGAAGCGGCUGCCUCCUGCCACCACAGACAUCAUGAAGCACUUUGUGUUUGUGAACCCACCCUCUGACGAUCUCUCUCUGAUGGAUGAGAAAACAGAAGCAGACAUAGAAGCAGAUCUCUUAAGCGCCGCCAUCACCCUGAAGGUUGCAGAGGAGCAGGCCACCUCGUCCAGAGGGGGCAAACAGAAAAUAAAAGAAAAAGCAGACCAAAAUCGCGACUCUCAGAAGGACAAGCGCCGCAUGCCCUUCAACAGGAAAGGCAUUUCUGGCGGAGCGACUGGGACGAUCGCCCCUCUGUCAGACAUAGACCAGAACAACUUCAGCGGGCAGCACUCCCAGGAGAAAUUCAGCAGGCUAAGUCACUUCCGGUGGAUCGUGCCGGCCAAUGGUGAAGUCACACUGCGAGUGCACUUCUAUUCCAACGACGUUGGGAACUUUGACCAAAUGUUUAACUUUGAGAUCCUUGGAACUCGCUGCCAGUACCAGCUGUAUUGCCAAGGUGUCUGCACCUUUCCAUACAUUUGUCAAGACCCAAAACUAGUGUUCCCUCAGUGCCGAAAGGACAUGAAGACAAACGAAGUCGUCUUUAAGAAGUACAUUGUGAGCAUGGAGAGGUAUUACUUCGGGCCACUGCUCUGUGGAAAAUCAAGAGAUAAAUACAAGUCUUCCUUGUUCCCAGGCAACGUGGAAACACUGACAAUCCUCAACAACUCCCCUAUGAUAGUGGAAGCGUUCUUCUGCUUUCAGAAUGAUGUCAGAGCCAGCACCUACUUCCUGGAGCCCAUGAACAUGACCCUGAAGCCCAACGAGAAGCAGAUACUAAACGUGUGGGCCUACCCUACUGCAGUCGGGACCUUUGAAGACAGCAUCGUCUGCUGCAUCAAGGAGAACCCAGAGCCCGCCAUCUUCAAGUUAAGCUGCCAGGGAAUCCGCCCAGAACUAGAGCUAGACCCCAGGCAGUUGCAUUUCGACCGGCUCUUGCUGCACAGGAAAGAAUCCAAGGUCGUCCUCCUCCGCAACGCCUUGCCGCUGCCAGUGGCCUGGCGGAUCACCAGCCUGGAGCACCUGGGCGACGACUUCACCGUGUCCCUGACCCAGGGCAUCAUCCCCCCAAGGGCCGAGUAUGGCCUGCACGUGCACUUCCAGCCCUCCAAACCCGUCAACAUCAAGAAAGCCAUCCGGCUGGAGGUUUUAGAUGCAGAAAAUCUUGUUGGUGUCGUUCAGAUCGAAAACAUCCUGAUCUUUGCAGAGUCCUAUGACAUCGCCUUGGACAUCACCUUCCCCAAAGGCGCUGAAGGAGGACUUGACUUUGGCACUGUGAGGGUCCUGGAAGAGGUGAAGCAGCCCCUACAGCUGAAGAACCGUGGGAAAUAUGAGAUCAUCUUCAGCUUUUCUGUGGACUCCGCAGGGAUUUCUGUGACCAACCUAAAUUCCAUGAUCUCAGUCCAACCCAAGAAGGGCUCACUAACCACAACAGAGAAGCCCACAAAUGUCCAGGUGUUCUUUUGUGCAAAAAAGGAAGUGAGGAUAGAACAGCAGCCCAUUUUGCGUUGUCAGAUUGUUGAGCCCAAUAUGGCAGAAGGAGGUGAGGUCAUCGCCAAUAUCCCCAUUAAGUUUUCUGUGAAUGCAGUGUACUCCAAGUACAACAUCAGCCCCUCGUCCAUCAUCAACUUUGGGGCCUUAAUCUGUGGCACACGUAAAAGCACCACAUUCACCAUAGAAAAUCAAGGCAUCAUCGACUUCAAGUACGCCCUGUACAGGAUGACGGGGGAGAACCCUACUCAUCAGAAGAAAGUAGCCGCCCACAUUAGGCAUGUAAGAACCCGGGAAAGUGAGAGUUUCUACAAGAGUGGCACUAAAGCUGCCAAGUUCUCGGAUUCAAUUCAGAAAGAAGUAAACAUCACGAACCAGGCCCGCUUCUCCCAUGGCAUGUUCACUGUGUACCCUGGGUUUGGCACUGUCCCUGCCGGAGGCCAGCAGGUGAUCACUGUGGACUGUGUAGCAGAUCCCGUGGGAAGAUGUGAGGAAUUCAUUGUCAUCGACAUCACAGACCGAGACCCUACCGACCAGCCAAGUGGCAUCACCUACACACUGCUGGCUGAAGCCUGUCUACCAGCCUUUGUCACCGACAACAAUUCCUCCAUAUUUGAGGAGCACCAGAUCUGCACCAGCCCCAACCUGUUCCACAUCCUGCAAACCAUUGAGAGUGGGGGCCUGUUUGUGGAGGAUGAAAACAAGUUCAUCUUCUGUAACGUCCUGGUGGGCCACCAGGCCAAGGCACGCUUCAAGAUCAGCAACGUGGGCAAGAUUGCCUGUGAUGUCAACAUUGUAGUUAAGCCAAUCUCCAAUAAGGCCAUCAACCGUAUCAUUGACAUCUUUGAAGUGGAACCCAGUAAAAUGUGUGUGGGCAGCCGCUCCCAUGCCUUCGCCACAGUGUCCUUCACCCCACAGACCAUGCAGACGUACCAAUGUAUCUUUGAGGCCACCUUGGACGGCUUGCCCAGCAACCUGGCCAGGAACCGAGGCCUUGUGUUUGACAUCUUUGGUGAGGGGACCCUCCCCCGAGUGACGGUGGUGCGGCCAAUCCUCCACAACCAGUACGGAAACCCCAUGCUCCUCUUCAAGAGGCUCCAGCUCGGCCACUCAGAGAAACUGCCACUCAUCCUCAAAAACAACGGCACCAUCCCUGCGCAGCUGCAUGUUGACCUGCAGGACCCGUUAGGAGUCUUCUCGCUCAAAGGGAGGCCCACAACCACCUACAUCUACAUCAUAGAAGAAAACAAACCAAAUGAAAAAGCAAAGAAAGCUCACACAGCCUCGCUGGUGGUUUCCCCUGGAGAUAAAGCCGAAUUCGAAGUCUUCUUCCACUCCCAAAAGGUUGGCAGGAUGACAGGCACCAUCCACCUGUCUGUGAUCAACAACCAAUAUGAGGAGACCAUCAUCUACAUGGUGGGGGAAGGCUACGAGGAUGACAUCACCCUGGACAACAUCCACGGGCUGGUGGCCGCCGCCAGCCAAGAGAUCUCAGCUGGCACUGAGAUCAUAGAGUUCUCCGAGGAAAAUGCCAUGGAUGACUUGGUGGCAGCCGCCCUGGUGGACCACAUCCAGUUUGGGGACUGCCACAUUGGCUGCGUGUAUAACGUGAGCUUCACGGUUACUAACCACAGCCAAGUGAACAUGAUACGGUUUGAGUGGCCUCUCUUAGCGACAAUUUCUUUCUCCCCCCAGAUGGGCCACCUCCACCCUGGAUGUGCCAAGGACAUAGUUGUGACCAUGAAGUCAGACGUGCCCAUCAACCUAAGAAAGAUGGGAAUCAAGUGCAAGCUCUCCAGGAUCAUGUUUCAGCUCCCUUCAGACCAGAUCCCCGACUGGGAUGAUCGCAUGCGCACAGUCAAGUGGGUGGAUGUGCCCAAGAACACACCUGGGACGUUCACCAUGAAGCGCAAAGUGGUUGAGACGGACCCCGAGCCUGCCCACUCAGUGCUGGAAGAGAACUACCGCGACCUGCAGCUGCAGAUCAGCGCCAACGUGGACUUCGCCUCCUACCAGUGCCAGACGAAUGACAUAUGCUUUAAGGAAACGCUGGUUUACCAGACCCGAGUAUUUGAGCUUGACCUGGUUAACUCAGGACGUGUUCAGCUGGAAUUCAGCUGGGUCUCAGAAGAUGCUGCAAAGGCCGUCAGCUUUGCAAUGCCAGGAAACCAAGGUUCUGUGCAGAAAGACCAGCUUAGUCAAAUCACACUGCACACGAGCAGCACUCAAGACAGCAGCGUGGAGAACUGGAUGGAAAGUUCUCUGUCACCCUUCUCUGUGGAGCCCUCCUCAGGCAUUGUACCUGUGGGGAAGACGCAGAAACUCAAAGUGAAAUUCUCCCCGCUGGACCCUGGAGACUUUGAGAGCACCCUUUACUGCCAGAUUCCCAACCUGCCACCUGGAGUGCAGGGUCCAGUCCUAGUAGCAAAAGGGCGGAGCUUCUUGCCUGUUUGCCACUUCGACUUAAAAGACUCUGACUACAUCAGCGGUCACCGGCGCAACCCAGAGCUCCGAGGGUCUGGGGCUGCACCCCUGGACCCGAACACUCGAGUGAUCGAGUUCAACAGUGUGGGCAUAGGAGGGAAGAAUCUCCGGACCUUUACAAUCCUGAACCUGACCAAUAGCACCUACUCCUUCUUUUGGCUCUCUGAAGAACCUGAAAGUCUCCAGAACCCUCCAGCCUUCACGUGCCUCACAGAGAAGGGCCUCAUCCACCCAGAGAAGAAGGCAGAGAUUGUUUUCCAGUUCACCCCUUUCCACCUGGACAUCACUGAAGCACUGUGGACUUUCUUAAUUCCCGAACACAACAUCUCCGUCCCCUUCCUGCUGGUAGGCAAAACCACGGAUCCUCUCAUCUCUCUUGACAAGUCACACCUCAACUUCAGUGCCCUCCUCAUCGGCCGAGAGGCUCGGGAGACGGUGCAGAUCAUCAACAAGGAGGAACAGGGCUUCAGCUUCGCCAUCCAGGAUGACUCGCGCUACUCCGAAGGUUUCAGCAACAGCCUAGUGGUCUGCCCCAUGGAAGGCUGGAUCCCGCCGCUGUCCAGGUUCCCAAUUGAUAUUUUCUUCACACCAAAGCAGGAAGGAGAUGUGAACUUUAAUUUGAUCUGCAAUGUUAAAAAGAAAGUUCACCCUCUAACACUGAAUGUCAAGGCUGAGGGCUACACCAUGAACGCAGAGGUCAAGUGCAAGGACAGGGCUGGGACCAUCACCCUCUUGACUCCCAACCAGACCAAUGUUAUCAACUUCUAUGAGGUGGAGUUAAAUGAAUGUGUCCAGUGCGAAUUCAGUUUCAUCAACACUGGCAAGUUCAACUUCAGCUUCCAGGCUGAGCUGUCUGGCUCCAAGGCCCUGCUGCAGUACUUGGAAUUCUCACCCAUCGAUGGCACCGUGGAUGUCGCACAGACUGUCCCUGCCACCCUGUCCUUCCAGCCGUUUAAGGAUUGCGUUUUAAAGGGCCUAGAACUCAAAAUCAAGAUCAGCCACGGCCCCGUGUUCCUGUGCAGCAUUGCAGGCUGCGCCGUGAGCCCAGCUGUCCAUUUCUCCUUCACCAGCUACAACUUUGGGACCUGCUUCAUCUACCAAGCCGGGAUGCCUCCCUACAAACAAACUCUGGUCAUCACCAACAAGGAAGAGACCUCAAUGAGCAUAGACUGUUUAUACACCAACACCACCCAUCUUGAGGUGAACUUCCACGUGGACGUGGUCAAACCAGGAAAGACACUUGAGAUUCCAAUCAUCUUUUAUCCCCGAGAAUGCAUCAACUACCGGGAACUCAUCCCCUUUGAAAUUAAUGGGCUCUCACAACAAACAGUUGAAAUCAAAGGGAAAGGCACUGAACUGAAGAUUUCAGUCCUUGAUCCGGCCAAUAGGAUUGUGAAACUGGGAGCUGUCCUACCAGGACAGACUGUGAAGAAAACCGUUUCCAUCAUGAACAACAGCCUCACUCAAGUCACGUUCAGCCAGUCAGUCCUGUUCUCCAUUCCAGAGCUCCAGGAACCCAAGGUCAUCACCUUGCUACCCUUCCAGAACAUCACCCUGAGGCCCAAAGAGGUCUGCAAGCUGGAAGUCACCUUUGCCCCAAAGAAGCGCGUGCCCCCCUUCUCCGAGGAGGUGUUCAUGGAGUGCAUGGGACUCCUGCGCCCCCUCUUUCUGCUCAGCGGCUGCUGCCAGGCCCUGGAGAUCUCCCUGGACCAGGAGCAUCUUCCCUUUGGACCAGUUGUAUACCAGACGCAAGCCACACGCCGCAUCCUCAUGUUGAACACGGGUGACGUGGGUGCCAGGUUUAAAUGGGACGUCAAAAACUUUGAGCCUCACUUCUCCAUCAGCCCAGAAGAAGGCUAUAUCACCGCGGGCUCAGAUGUGUCUUUCGAAGUGACCUACCACCCUACCGAGCUGGGGAAGGAGAGUCUCUACAAAAACUUGCUGUGCUUCAUCCAGGGCGGCACCCCUCUGAGCCUCACCCUGUCCGGCCUCUGUGUAGGACCACCUGCAGUCAAGGAGGUGGUGAACUUCACCUGCCAGGUACGCUCCAAGCACACCCAAACCAUCCUGCUGUCAAACCGCACCAACCAGACUUGGAAUCUGCACCCCAUCUUUGAGGGGGAGCACUGGGAAGGGCCUGAAUUCAUCACCCUGGAGGCCCAUCAACAAAACAAGCCCUAUGAGAUCACCUACCGGCCCCGCAACAUGAACUUGGAGAACCGCAAGCACCAGGGUACCCUCUUCUUCCCCCUCCCGGAUGGGACUGGCUGGCUAUAUGCUCUGCAUGGGACCACUGAACUCCCCAAAGCCGUGGCCAACAUCUUCCGUGAGGUGCCCUGUAAGACACCCUACACUGAGCUCCUGCCAAUCACCAACUGGCUGAACAAGCCCCAGAGAUUCCGAGUCAUUGUGGAAAUAAUCAAGCCAGAGAAGCCAGACCUCAGUAUCACAAUGAAGGGCCUCGAUUACAUCGACGUACUGUCCGGCUCCAAGAAAGACUACAAACUCAACUUCUUUUCCCACAAGGAGGGACUGUACAGUGCAAAGGUGAUCUUCCGAAACGAGGUGACCAGUGAGUUCCUGUACUACAUGGUGAGUUUCAGGGUCACCCCGUCCGGUGUCAUCAAGACCCUCGAGAUGACGAGCCCCGUCCGGCAGAGUGCCACAACUUCCAUCAAGGUGGAAAACCCCCUGCCCUACUCCGUGACCUUCGCCACCGAAUGCCGGGUGCCUGACAUCAGCCUGCCCUCCCAGUUCUCCGUGCCCGCCAACUCUGAGGGCACGUUCUCAUUUGAAUUCCAACCCCUCAAAGCUGGAGAGACCACGGGGAGACUGACUUUGCACAAUAGCGAUCUGGGUUACUACCAGUACGAGCUCAACUUGAAGGCGGUGCCAGCGCCCCCAGAAAAGCCCGUCCACUUCCAGACGGUUCUUGGCAGCAGUCAGAGCAUCUUCGCCAAGUUCACCAAUUAUACACGGCAGAAGACGGAAUACUUGUGCAAGACGGACUGCCCAGACUUCCACACGGAGAGAGUUAUCAGUGCAGCCGCUGGAGCCCAGGGCGGCACAGAAGUCAGCGUGGAGGUCUUAUUCGAGCCCAGCCACCUGGGUGAAACCAAGGGCAUCCUGACUCUGUCAUCAUUCAUGGGUGGGGAAUACAUCAUCCCCCUCUUUGGCAUGGCUCUGCCCCCCAAGCCCCAGGGGCCCUUCCUGAUCCGAGCAGGGUACAACAUCAUCAUUCCUUUCAAGAACAUCUUCUUCCACACCGUGAACUUCUCCUACAUCGUGGAGAACCCGGCCUUCACCGUGCGCGCCAUAGACACCACGCGGCCCAAGAAGAUCAACAACAUCACAGUCUUCUUCGAGGGAAACCCAUCGGGCAGCAAAACCCCCAUCACCUCCAAGCUGAUUGUCUCCUGCCCUCCUGGGGAAGGCAGUGAGACUGGGAUCAAGUGGGUCUAUUACCUGAAGGGGAUAACCCCUUAGUGACAAUCCUGUGGUGGCCAGAACCCCCCAAAGGCCGUUUCCUUGGCCUCGAGGGCUGUAUGUUGUCCUAGCCUGACAAUAGAGUGAGGGGAAACAUAAUAUUUCUAAGGGGGUUGUCAUCUUUUCAUCCUCAUUCAUAGAGCUGAGUAUUUCUUUCCUAUGUUUUCCAAAUGCAGUUAUGAAGUGUAAAUGUCCUGUCAGUCACUAGAGGUGCAUACACCCAGUAGAUUCUGAUUUCAUUCACUGAAUCCUUACAAGUCUCUGAAUCUUUUUUCCCUUGGCACAACUGCAAAGCUCAAGUGUUCUGCAGAAAUCUUCCUUUUGAACAAGAAAGGACAGGUGUCUUACCGUGCAGCACUAUGCAAUCUCUUUAUGCAGUCCAUACUGACUCAAAGAGCCCUUGGCCAUAACUACAUUGAUGUGAUAUUUUGUUGUGCUUUCUCAGUCAAGUCAGAGAAAUCAC